AUGGAUAAAUACCACAAGCAGUCGUUAGGCACGUUAUCUACUAAGAUACGAAAGUCUCGUGUCUUUUUGGUGGGUGCGGGCGGCAUUGGCUGUGAACUUCUGAAAAACCUCGUACUCACCAGCUUCGGGGAAAUCCACAUAAUAGACCUUGACACAAUAGAUCUGAGCAAUUUAAACCGGCAAUUCCUAUUUAGACAAGAACAUAUAAAGAAAUCAAAAGCACUGAUCGCAAAGGAAGUCGCAAGCAAAUUCCGACCAGACGUCUCCCUCCAUGCCUAUCACGCAAAUAUCAAAGAUUCCCAGUUUAAUGUUAGCUUCUUUGAAACGUUCGAUAUCGUUUUUAAUGCGCUGGACAACCUUGACGCCCGCCGGCAUGUCAAUAGGAUGUGUCUGGCGGCAAACGUCCCGCUUAUCGAAAGUGGCACCACGGGAUUCAAUGGCCAAGUCCAGGUGAUAAAAAGGGGACGAACUGAAUGCUAUGACUGUAAUCCGAAGCAAGCGCCCAAGUCAUUCCCAGUCUGUACGAUACGGAGUACCCCCAGUCAACCUAUCCAUUGCAUAGUAUGGGCUAAGAGCUACCUGCUACCAGAGUUGUUUGGUGAAAGCGAUAGUGAUCCCGAGGAGUUUGACCACUCCGAAGAUGCUGAGAAUGCUGAGGAGAUUGCCAACCUUCAAAAGGAAGCUCAAGCACUCUUAUCCAUCCGCCAAUCGAUAGGAUCUGACGAUUUUGCGGAAAAAGUUUUCAACAAGGUUUUCAAUGAAGAUAUCGAUCGUCUACGGAAAAUGGAAGACGUGUGGAAGGCGAGACGACCUCCCCAACCUCUAUCGUUUGGUCCACUUCAACAAGAGGCGACGGCUGUGGACUCGAGGAUAUCUUCAAAUGACCAGAAGGUUUGGACAUUGGUAGAAGACGUUGCGGUAUUUAAAGAUAGUUUGGGACGCCUUUCGCGGAGACUUCGCGAACUUGAAUACGCUACAACAGAUGGUCAGAAGCCGAUUAUAACGUUUGAUAAAGACGAUGUAGACACGCUUGAUUUUGUUGCGGCAAGUGCAAACCUUCGAUGUCACAUUUUCGGAAUCGAAAUGAAGUCAAAGUUUGAGAUAAAACAGAUGGCCGGUAAUAUUAUCCCAGCAAUUGCCACGACGAACGCCAUGACUGCAGCAAUCUGUGUCUUGCAGGCAUUUAAGGUUUUAAAAGAUGAUUACGACCACGCAAAGAUGGUCUUUCUCGAACGAUCGGGCGUCCGUGCCAUAAAUACCGACCAUUUGAACCCCCCAAAUUCCCAAUGUCCGGUCUGCAGCGUGGCUCAAGGGAAGAUUUCCGUUGACCUCGAACGAGCAACACUGAACGAUCUGGUCGAGGACCUCCUGCAUGGGCAGCUUGGGUAUGGUGAAGAGCUUUCUAUCAACAAUCAGAUUGGGACCAUCUACGACCCCGAUCUUGACGACAACCUUCCAAAAAAGUUGAAAGAUUUAGGGGUUAUGAAUGAUAGUUUCAUUACAGUUGUUGAUGAGGAGGAUGACGAUACCCGUGUCAACUUGGAGUUACUUGUAUCUGAACGGCCAUCAACCGACCCAACCUCAAAAUCCAUCUUUCUCCCAUCAGUACCUGAGAUUCCUAGAAAACCAAAACCAGCAAUGCCAGAGCUUAGCAAUGGCGAAGCAAAUGGAAACGGGGCUAUAGACGCCGGAACCGAUGGUACCGCCGUCAGAGAAAAGAGGAAGCGUGAUGCAGACGGAGAUCUAGACAAGGACGACAAGCCGGCGAAACGCCUCGCGACAAUGUCUGUCCGAGAGGGCGCUAAUGAUGGAGGUUCAGACAGACCCAUUAUUCUGGAAGAUGAUUCGGGGACUAUUCUGAUCGAUGACGACUGA